AUGGCAUCGAUGAGCGGCUUCCGGGCACUGUCUAUGCUCGACAACGAGGUGUCGUCACCUGUUAUCCAGCGGCGGCGCAACUCUCUUGCUAGCGAGCAGCCCAACAUUGUCUUCCCGCCCUACAGCAAGCAAGGCUACGCUUGGGUGGAGACCAAACCGACCGAGUGGUCCCGCCGGUACUUUGUGGUCAAGGCCGCCACCUUGUACGGCUUUGAACACAAGGUCAAGUCGACCCUCACCGUCACCGCAUCCACACAAGCCUCCGUCUGCAACGAUGAAGGCCCUGUGUUCCGCGAUCCGGAGACAUCGGCGCGCGUCCCGCAUCCCUACAUCUUUACAGUCACCAUUGAUGGCAAGACGCUGGUGUGCGCGUGCCAGAACCCCAAGACCCGGUCUGCAUGGAUCAAGGUCCUGUGCGAGACGUCGGCAGCACAGCCGUCCAAAGGCUGCGUCGGGUAUCUGCUGGUCAAGAGCGGCAAGUCCAAGUGGAACCGGCAGUUCAUCUCGCUCUCGGGUGAUUGCCUGACCUUGGCCGCGCCCAAGGUCAAGAAUGCCCUCAAGCUCAACUCGUUUGGCGACGACGGCUUCACCGCCUCGGCGCGGAUCGCGGCCCAGCUGGGUGUCUCAGCCUCGCGGUCGACGGUGGCGGCCACGCUCACCGAUGCCAAGGGCAACGUUUCGUUCGGCCACCGGUUGGUGGUGGUGGAUGGCAAAAAGCGGCUGGCUCUGGCAUUCAAGUCCGAGACUACCGCAAACUCGUGGGCGGCCACGCUCAACGCCGCCAUCUCCAAGCGGGCGUACAUCCGCGAGUUGGCGCGGACCCGGACUCUGGCCGAGUCGGCGACCCGCCAGCUGGAGCCGCUUGUGGUCUCGGAGCGCGAGCUCCACUUCCUCUCGAGACAGCUCGAGUCUGGCAGCUAUGGCGCGGUUCGCGGUGCGCUGUGGGCGUACGCCAUGCUCUCGGCGCACGGCUCGAACCGCAUCAAGUUUGCCGCUCCGGACAUGUACUUUCUCCGCUCACUCUGCACUGCGCUGGCCUCGCCCAUGGUGGCCGAAGACGAUUUUCUCCGUGCCGACGCCGUCCGCAUCCUCAACAAUCUCGCCGCCACGCCGCGAGUCCACGCCGACAUCCUCCAGUGGGGCGCCGUCGACGCGCUCAUUGCCUGCCUCGAUGCCAAUGCGGUCUCGUCGGAUCUCUCUAGCACUGUGCUUGCUCUCCGCGCCAUCAAAAUGCUCGCGCUUCACCGCUCGCUCGCCGACGCCGACAUUGCCCGCCUCGCCGACUGCACCGUCGCCGGCAAGCGUAAGGCCACGUCUGGCUCGGCUAUCCGUGCACAUUGGAAGGAGGUCUCUAAGAUUCUCGCUGCCCAGCGCGUGGCCGACAUUCCAUCACCGUCCCACUCAGCUCCGAUUGCAGCUGCCGAGAAUGUCGAGAAUGCCGAGAACACCGAGAACGCCGAGGGGACGCUCAGCGCUGCCCCUGCGCCCGCACCUGUCGCGGUGCCUAUCGCCAAGCUGAUCUCGUUCUCGCCGAUCCGUGCUCCGCUCGCGGCGCAGUCGACCAAUUCGGCAGCUUCAUCUCCAGGCGGCUCCAACCCUCUCGACGACUCGUUUGAGCGGUUCAUGUGCUCGCGAGCCACUGCAGCGUCCACCGCCGCCGUCUCUGCCGCUGCCACGCCGACCAAGCCAUCGGCGGCCACCAACCCGUUUUCCUCUGCUCAGCCCACCAUCGGAAUUGUCCCGCUCUUGUAGUCCGGUCUCAGCCUGAAUCCGAUCCAACCUCGCAUAACACCACCCUGUAUCUUC